UCUUUGAAUUAGAUACGAAAUGUUUGCAAUCAUACUAUUUAAAUCUCAAAAAAUAUACUAAUUCAAAUUAAGCAAAUUUUAUAGUGUUUAUCGAAGAUUAGUCCACAAUUAAACAUUAGCAAAUUUCAAGUUAUAUUCAAGCUAUUAACACAUAUAUACGUACAAGUGACAAUGAUUAGAUUCAAGGACAUCUAUUGAAGUACUAAGAAUCAGUAUGUGCUCAUCAGAUUAUAAUAAAAUUCAACAAACUACCCCUCUCUAAUAACAAAGCAGAGAACAAAAUCAAUAAAAAUCCAGCUCAAGAACGGCCACUUGAUUUCAUCUCACUUUUAAGAAUCGCUUUAAAAACUCGAUUACAACACAUUUUUAAAAUCGUCAGUAAAUUACCAACACUAAUAUAGAGAGGGAGGGCACAGGUAUUGGUGGUGAGAGUCGGUAUCGAUUACCCUUCGAUGAUAUGUCGCCCGAUAUAUGAGCCGUUUAUUUUGAAAGUGACCUAACUCCGUUUUUCAAUUUUUUGCCGGUUACCAUGAUUACAUGUACAACUUCAUGUUAUUUAUCAGUGACGCACUUCAGAUUGCUUAUAUUCAGAGAAAAUACGGUACAUUUUUUACACAUAGGUUUUCCGAGUUAAUUGAAUAACUGACCCGUGUGGUUUGAAAGUGGCCUAACUCCAUUUAUAGUUACAUCAAGGUAUUUACUAUUGAUAAUGUCGGAAAGCAGCGAUGAAGAAAUUAUUGCACCCAUGAGGAAGAACCGAAGAAGACCACUUAGUUCAGAUAGUGAAAAAGAAAUAGUAAUUAAUAAAAAAAAAGCGAAUAAGAAAAAGAGUUAUAAAACAAUAUUCCUCGUCAGAGGAUGAAGAUUCAAAUAACAAUGGAGAAAAGAUUGAUGCACCAUAUAUCCAAAAAGUGCGAAAGAUAAAACGGAAUUCAGGAAAAAGAUAUUGCAGUUAAACCGGAAGUAUUGUUCAUGAAAAAAAUUUCGAAUACAAAGAUUGUGGUUGUCGGAAUGCGUGCACAAAAAAUUUUAAUGAAGAAGAAAGAAAGAAUAUUUUUGAGAAGUUUUGGGGUUUGGCAGAUUUUAACAAACAAAAUGUAUUACUUCACGAAGCUGUCUGUGAAACGAAGACGUUUUUUUUCUUCAAUUUGAAACAUCUUAAAUUAUGUUGAAUGGACUUGGGCAUCUUCAAAUUUUAUAAUGAAUCUGGCUGUUAAUUUUGAAAGUGGCCCAACUCCAUUCUUGAUAAGGAAACGCACGUUAUUUACUUAAUAAUUGCCACUAUUUUAACAGGAACUUUAAAUUUAACAUCCUAAAAUAUGCUUAAGCAGUAUGACUCCUUUGUAUCUUAUACGUAUAUUUUUAAAUUCAUUGAAACGCAAAACUUUCAAUAUCUCGAUUUGAAGAUAAAUGGAGUUAGGCCACUUUCAAAAUAAGCGGCUCAUAUAUCGGGAUGAAUAGUGGUUAUUGCCCUCCCGGAUCACAUGAAUCGCACUAUCCACAAUAUUACGUACUCCAUCAGUCGGGCCAUCUAUUUGACUUCACAUUUAUACACAAUUCUAUAGCUAAAAACAUGAUCAUGCAAAAAGCAAAAUCACCAAUGCUUCUCUCUAUUUCCGAGAGUAAAAAGCCCAAAAAUAGCACUGUUUUAUAAUAUUCGGAAAUUUGUCGUUAAAAUUUAUUUAAUAUUGUCGUUCACUGCAAUUGAAGCAAGUUUUUCAACAAGCUGGUAGUUUAUUUUAGAAUUUUAAUAUGUCCUGCGCAAAAACUUCUACAUAACUAGCCACGCACGAAACAAAGGAGAAAAAUUGCACGAAAAGUCGAGAAUAUCGAAAAGUUAUUUUGGUAAAACAUACAAACAUCUGGUUCAAAUUUAAUGGAUUUUUGAGUAACAAUGUUAGCACAAUGGGCGGAACGAGCAAUAAAGAUCCUGACUACGGUUGAGCACAUGCAAUCAAGCGGUGUAAACGCGUCAAGCCACCAACACUCCACGUGAAAUGCGAAGAAAUCAAUAUUAUGCAAAUUUGAGGAAAGAAAACCCACUUGUAAUUUAAAUUUUCGUGCCAGAAAAUCGUACGUCAUGUUGCACAAUAUAACAUCUAAAGUGCUAGAUGAUUCGAUAUCGCCCGUGACGUUGAGUUCCGAUUGGUCGAGGGUGGCGAGAUUGCUUCUCCUCGCAGGACUUUCGGCAGUUGGUAGUGUGGGAAAUGUGUUUAUGAUAAGCGCCGUCAUGAUUGAAGAUUAUCUUCGGCGAAGAGGAAAUUCAUUUGUGGUAAACGUGGCAUUAGCAGACUUCCUAGUGACAGGAUUAUUGGUCCCCGCAUCAGCCAUUGUAAUACUAGCGGGCUUGAAAGAUAACCUCGCGGUCUGUCGGUUUCAAUGGUUCCUCGCCGCACUUUGCUUCCUCGUCACCGUAAUCUCCAUCGCUGCGAUUGCAGUUGAGAAUUACACUCGUUUAUGCUGUACCAACUGCACCUACGAAGUACUCACCCCAUGCAGAAUAACAACUCUGCUGUUGGUGAUAUGGUUCACCUGCGCAAGUAUAUCCGGCGUUCAACUAGCAACAGAUCUAUCUUUCGACUACUGCACUCGUAAGUAUUCCGGUCUGAUACCUUAUCAGGCCACAAUUGCCGUGGUGUUCGUCGUGCUGCCAGUCACCUUGGCAUUCUGCUGUUAUGCCCGAACGAUUUACCACAUCAGCGCGGCCAAGUCCAGACCCAACUUUAAACCACCAAUUACCUUUAGUUGGGACUAUUCUCUAAUGCAAACGAACAUGUACAGCUUCCUCCUGUUCAUUGUAUUCUGGCUACCGUUUGGCAUUGUAUUAGCUGUGGGCACAGCAAAGCGCAUCCCGGAUAGACUGUUUUAUAACUUUGCUUGGUUCGCCAUUAGCAAAUCCUGCGUUAAUAGUAUUUUGUACUGCUGCCUGAAUCGCCACUUUCGCGACGCAUACGUAAAUCUAUUUCAUUACUGUUGCUGUAAGACGACCGUCUCCUUUGGGAGGCGCCAGCGACCCGAAGGAGUCCGUCCUUCAGGCGAUGUGCGGGUACACAUCAUACCUGGGUACAAUAUUUAUAGCAGUCCGAUGAGAGGCUCACGGGAAGGUCAAGCAAAUCGCACAUCGCAUCGACCGAACGGCAGGGAUGUUUACGAAUUAUGAUGAGACGAUUCCGUUCCCGGGACGGGUGUCUGGGUGUAAUUUGCAUACAUUUAGCUAACAAAUAUUUAAAUAUGCGUUGUUUUAAUGAGGCGACAGGCGUUGGUUUUGUAUCAGAGAGUAUUUAUAAACUAACAAGGAUAUACAUAUUAUAUAGCAUGAAAAGGUAUUUCGCCCAAAAAUUUGCAACGAUCAAGAUUUCCAACCAACAGUUUACAAACUGGUAUAAUAUUUAGAUAAUUUUAUGCCAAAAGUAUUAUUAUUAAAACCAAUGAAUAUUGAUACCUUCCAUCCGGAAAAUAAGGAAAACAAACGAAUUGCUAUUGAUACAGUCAAAAAGUAGAAUUAACGAUAAAAUACCAAAACAAAAAAGAUGAGAUAAGAUAUCGUGAACAAAACAGGUGACCAAAGUCCAUAAUUUAUGUUGACGUAAAUCACAUACGUGAUCAAAAUUUAAUAUCAAAGUAAUAUCUCAUUAUGAAGAUUUUACUCUACUGAUUGUUGUAAAUAAUGAAAACAAACAUUACUUUUAUUUAAUGUGGUAUAAUAUUACUUUUAUAUUAAUAUCUGCCACUUGGAUACUUAAGAAAUAAAUAAAUUAUAUUAGAAAAAGUGGUAGUCAGGUAGGUCUACACACGAUGUAAUAAGUGUUGCCUUCUUCCCAGCUGUGAUUUUGAUUAAAUGCUAAUGUUUAUAAUAUAACUAAAGAUGCCAUCUAAAAAUUAGUCCCUUGCGUUAUACUAAGUUUCAUAUCGGAACAUACUCGUAAUUUAAAACUAUAAUUUGUUUAGCAUUCCUUAUAACAUUUGAAAAUUGAUUUUUUGGUAAAUUUCACUGGGACCAACUUAAAUCGCAAAGUUAAUUUUCCCAGGUAUGCUUUGGUUUCUUUAAUCAUGUUAAUGCGAUCACAACGAAUGGCAAUUUAACUUACAUAAACAUUUCAAAACAUUAAUUUAGAAUAUUGCAUCUAGCACAAAAAUAAAUAGUAAUUCGCCGUUGGCCACAAAUAUUACCAAUACUAUGCAUUUUUAGUAGAUAAUCUUUACUAAAAAUACAUUUCGGGGACAACAAGCGGUAUUCUAAACAGAUAAAUAAUUCAUUCCAUUUGAAGAUUGCAAACAAUUUCGAACAAAUAACAAUAAUUAAAUCUUGAAAUGUCUAUAUGGUAUCGUCUCACGACUAAUGAAGCUUUAAACUUCUGAAAUAAAAGCAUGUAGUUAUUAUUAAGUACUAUUGUAAAUGUAAUACACAUUUUUGAUGAAUAUUUUGCAUUCUAUUACAGAAUGAUGAAACUUUUGAAAAACAAAAAUCAAAAAAAAAAACGCAGAGAUUAUACAGAUCAUGAAUUAAGGCUAUGGAAAUUUAUAAAAAUAUUUAAAAUAUUUUAUAUUGAUGUAUUGUGUAUACAAAUAUUAAUAGUUAUACUAAUUGAUAUGAGAUGUAUUUGUAUUAAAAGUUGUAACUAUACCAAUGACAAAUGUAUGAAAUAUCCACAAUAUAUAAAUCUAAGUUCAUUCAACAAA